AUAAUACUUCGAAAAGCCCGUACGCAGGUAGCGAAGGAUAUCAAGGCUCUGCGUCGGGGCCAGCACCAUUCAACGAGGCUCUAAACAUGACGAAUGUCCCGCAGAUAGGAUCCGAACUGAAGCCUUCCGCCAACGGCAUGAAGUCUACUCGAUACCCUGCUCGAUCUUCAUCUCAAGCCAGUAUCACGAUCCCAGGUUUCAACAAGAAGGGUUACGGCCAUCCGCCAAUCCAAAUCCCGAUUCGUCAAUCAGAACACACUCCAGUCCAUACUCAAGAACAGAUUGAGCAGCCCAAGACUCUCCAUGUUCCCACAACCAAGACCAUCCCUCAGUGCGCUUCCGACAAAGCGGACGCCGAGACAACGCCAUCUGCACUUGCUGACCACCGACCAAGCCUGUUAGGUCACGAGAGCUCACAACAGCGCGAACCUCGAUGGUCGUUUCCGACUGUGGAGGACGAAAAUCCUCGAUCAUUAGCUGUCAAGCCGGAUGUCAGAGGUCGAGAUGUAUCAGCAACUAUGGGUUCCCCGCCUGCUACUCAACAGCCUCAUCAACCAGGAGUGGCCACACCCGACAGAAAACCUUCGCCACCUGCAACAUAUCACUCACUCAAGAAGGAAGGCGAAAGCCCUGAAGAAGUCAUCGCACGUCUGCAAGCAACAGGAACUCGUGAUGCUCACCUUCGCAUGAGACGGACUGCCAAAGGUGAGGAAGUCACAACCGGAUUGAGCACCUUAGACUAUCUUCGGGAGACUCCUCCACCAGAGUCAGAUGACAUCCUUCCUUCACAUCCCUCAUCAGUAUCAUUCCCUGCGCAAAGUGCCUCCGAGAAAGGCUCCAACUCUGGCCCACGCCAGUCUCUUGGUGGUGUUGGUCUUACUGACGAGGAGGCAGGCAGGAAAUGGCAGAAGAAAGUCAGCGUCCCAAAACCUGCCGAGAGUCUCACACAACCAAGCAUAAAUGAUACAGACGGCCCUGAUGUUAGUCAUACUGGUCAUGGUGCAGUUUCAGUGACACAAUUUCCUGCAAUUACCACCAAGACUACGACCACGACGCGAACCGUCCUGAGAGAUUCCUCCGAUGAGCGUGAUUCAAAGAUUUUCACUACCACUCCUGCAAGGCAACCUCCUUCUUCAAGAAUUCCUUUUCAGACUGCCGCCGACCGAAACCGCAAUCGCUGGGCGACCAGUGCAGAGACUAAACCAGAGCCCUACAAGCCAGGCAGCGAUGAAGAAGGGUCAGAGGUACCGGAAAGUGACGAUGACUCCACAAAGCCUAUGGAAUGGGGUUAUGGAAGACUCAUUCGCAACCGCGGGCCACCAGUAGGCGAGUCGGAGCUAGUCGGCUGGGACGGUCAACUACAACCGCCCCCUGUGGAAUGGGAAAACCGUGCUGCCUUUCAAAACAACAAUCCCGAUUACAUUAGCGGCUUUGAUGGGUGGCUGGGUGAGACCACGGUCCGCACCAUGCAGAGUGUUGCCUUUUCGCCAGAAAUCUCGCAACACCAAUUCACAUCCGAAAUUGACUUUGGCGUGAUCCCACACGAGAAAGUUCAAGAUAUCAACAAUCAUGCUGAUGGUAUUGGCUUUGUGCCCAGAGAGACCAUCCUCAACCAUCAGAAUGCAGAGCGUUACGGCCACCGUCUCGGCGAGGUCAUUGCUGACGUUGCAAAAGCUCCUCCACCAGAUUUUGAAGCCGAGGCAAAGCUCGACCUCAAAGAUCGAGACAACCAGAAGUACAGAGAUGAGACCGCCCAGAUGUUCAUCGACAGACGCCAGAUCCACCUUGAGCGCCAACAGAAAGAGGCACAGGCCAAAUGUAUGGCUGCUGCAGCGACUGUGGUGGAAAUACCUGUCAUCGCAGAAUCAGCAAAGUCGAAGCCCAUCAAAACGAAUAUCUACCUGCGUCCGGCAGUCAGAGCCGACUAUGCGGGCAUGACUAGGAUCUACAAUUGGCACAUCAUGAACAGUGUUCGUCCUUGUGAGCUGACUGAAGUUGGCGAAGACGAAUUGGAAGCCCGCCACACGAUCUCCACGAAUGCCAGACUACCAUUCAUCGUUGCAGUCGAGCGCACACGUCGAAACUCCCGCCAGAAGCCGGCGUCUCGACGUGUGAAUCCCAACCACCCUGUGCAAAACAUUGAUCCGGAGUACAACGGCGUGGUCAAGGACGAGCACGUCGUUGGAUGGGCUUCUGCAACCGACUGGUCGGCCUGUGACUAUGUCGAGACAACUACGGCCGAGUUGGAGGUUUACGUUGCGCACGACUUCCGCCAGAAAGGUGUGGGACGGUGUCUGAUGGAUGCGCUACUCGACGCAACGGAUCGCGGCUACAUCAGCAAGGGAGGUUACGAUUUCCACGUUGCACCGGAGAUCAAGCACUUGUACUCGGGUGGUGGCGGACGUGAUCUGCACAAGAUCAUCUUCCAGAUCCGCAGCUUCAAUCGGCCUAUCACACCUGAGCAGCGGUACCGUGCUCAACGCUUUUCGGAAGAAGGUAAGAAUUGGGGUUAUGCCGAUGGAAAGAAUAGAAAGAAGGGCUGGUCAAACCGCAACAGUCUUGCACCAGAGGACAAGAAGGAUUUCUCUAAGGCCGCCAAGAUCAAUGACCGUGAGGAUGAUUACUCGGUCUGGAUGAAAGAUUGGCUGGAGUCGUUUGGAUUCGAGGAGGAAGGGUUCAUCAAGAAGAUUGGCACCAAGCACAAGAGAUUCGUCGACGUGCGGUAUGUGUCCAAGGAGACAGCCUGGCAACCUGCUGAGCAUCGACUUCCGGAUUUCAGCAACGGGAUCUGAGGCGUGUUUAGAUCCCACCGAAACAAGCUCUGCCUCUCUCAUGAUCAUGCCAAAGCAUCGUUGCAUUGAUUUUAACACACAACGCGGCGGCAACAUGCUGGCAUUGGCGAGCUGGCU